AUGGCUGCACGUCCUAACAUUCCCUAUUUUGCCCCUGCCGAGCUGCUGCCUGCGCCCCUGCCGACAGUGGCAGAAAUUCUGGCUUCCACUACACGCCUUUCCAAGGAAUAUGAGAAUCUUGUGUACCGCGUUGGUGAGCACUUCGCCGUCAAGUUCGGACCUGGGGUCCAUAUCCAAGAGGGCGAAAACAUGUAUUUCGUUCAGCAUUCGACGCAAAUCCCCGUCCCCAAGGUUUACGCGCUGUUCCAUGACGAGAGAACCAAUAUGGACUUCAUUGUUCAGGAGUACAUUUCAGGAACUGACUUAGACCUUGUCUGGGGAACUCUCGACACCAACCAAAAGCAAAAUAUUGCUUCGCAGCUUCACCGGCAGCCAAUUCGAGACUUCCACUUCCUCGAUUGGGAUCGAGACGGCCAGCACUACCUUGACAGCCUCAUCUCGGGGCCGCACGAAACCGAGGACCAGUGGAUUGAGGCGAUGUGGCAAUGCGUUAUCAAGGCGUCUGUCAUCCGGAGGGAUCCGGAGGACCAAUACAUGUUGCCGUUAGUUCGGCACUACUACCAGAUUAUUUUCAAGGGACACGAACCAGUCUUCACCCACGGGAACAUCCUGCCGAGAAAUAUUAUGUUACAGGAAGAUGGAACCGUUGUUUUGAUCGACUGGGAGCGAGCCGGAUGGUAUCCCAGCUACUGGGAGUUCUGCUGCACUGUGAAUAUCGUCAAAUACAUCGACGACUGGGGGAGUUGGAUUUGUAAGAUACUGGACGAGGAAUAUGUCGGACAAUUGGGUUGGAUGCAAAAUCAUCGUAAUGCGAUUAGGUAG